AUGGUACUACGCCAUGAAAUAUCUGGCAAGCAUAGACCAUCUGAUUUUGUAGAGAGAUCCCCCGCUGUGCAUAACCACCACCUAUCACUAGUUGCACAGGGUCUUAGCUGCCUGCCACUGUAUGGAGUGCGUGGUGAAUCUGCGGUUUCAUUUUUUGGCUUUGAGCCCACCCAGCACCUUCCACCUGAUUUAAUGCAUGAUUUGCAUGAAGGCGUUAUUCCAUUUUUGUUAAAACAUGUUAUUUCUUUUUUUCUGAAACAUGAAAUCAUUAAAUUAGAAUUGCUGAACACUGCAAUCAUGACUUAUCCCUAUGGCCAAAAUGACAAGAGAAAUAAACCUGAAACAUUGUCUGCAAGCAUGUUCCAAAAGAAGGGCACACUCAAAGGAAAUGCUUCACAAACAUACUGCUUGUUUCGCUAUCUACCUUUUUAUGUAGGUAAACAUGUACCAACGGGUCACAAUGUUUGGGCAUUGUACCUUUUGUUCAGAAAAAUUGUUGACUUAAUCAUGAGCAAGCAAGUGACAAUAGAACAAAUUGCUUAUCUUGAACGACUCAUCUCAUGCUUUUGUGUUGACUUCAGAAUUCUGUUUCCAAACACUCCAGCUCCAUGCAAACUGCAUUACAUCAUACAUUAUCCAAAGUACAUGGUGAUGUAUGGAUCACUUGUUCAUCUUUGGUCAAUGGGAUAUGAGGCCAAACAUCAAUACUUUAAAGACUUGGCAGUAAAAUUAGGAAAUUUUAAAAAUAUUACGUUAACUCUGUCAAACCGCCAUCAAACAUCUGAGAUGUAUCUUCACUCUUUUGAAGAUAGUAGUGUGAAAAUGGUCACUACAGGGUGCAAGCCAGUGUCGCUGGAGCGGUUGCCUACUGAAGUGCAGAAUUACAUCACUGCGAAUGCUAUGGACACUAGCAAUGUGUUCUCUCUGGUAUCAGCUAAGAUUCAGGGAACUCAGUAUGCUGUUGAUAGCGUUCAAGUCAUGAGCAUGUCUGAUGAUGGGCCAUGUUUUGCCACAGUAAGAGAUAUCUUUUCUGUUAGACGGCAGAUCAUUAUGUAUGCACAAAAACUUCAGACCAUCAAGUUUGAUGAGCACUACCAUGCCUAUGUUGUCAGACGGUGUCCUGAAGUCAUUGUGAUAACAGAUAUUUCAGGUCUUCAUUCUAAUGAACUGAGUAUUCAUACAUUAGGAAACAAAACUUUUAUUUCAGCUCGGCAUACAUUUGCAGAAAAUAUUUGAACCCCUUGUGAAUGACAUGGCUAAGUUGAAUACAGCAAAUGUUACUGUAAAUGGAGAGGUUCGUAAUGGAAGCGUAUUUUGUGGAACAGUAGACAAAUUUUCAAAAAGUAGACUUGGUGACCUCACGUGCAGUUUUAGCAGUUCAAUUUGUACUGGGCUUCAGAAAUGUUUUGACUGGCUUCUUAGUAAGUCAGUACUCAUGUUUUUUUUUUGUUUUUGGUACCAUUCAUAUUGAUAGGAACUUCCACAUCCCUUCGAAAUCUUUUUUAAGGGACACUAAAGAACAAAAUGCUUUUUCGCGUACUAGUAAAGUAUGAUUUCACAGUCCCGAAAACACCACUUUUGGUAACGCGACAUGACACGUGGUAAGCGAGAAAAUGCGCGAAAAGAAACUGCGGGUGGAGACGCCACCUGGAGAUUCCCGCACCAAACACUGUGAUGUCGUCAAUAUUUGAAAGCAUGUACUGUGUCCUGUGUAA